AUGUCAGUGCCCCCACCGUGGCUCGUGUCACACACCCCGGCAUCAGAUCGACUCCAGCCUCUCGCUCUUCGGCGCGGCGCGGCUCGCGGGCAGCCCGAGGAGGUGCCUGGCGCUGUGCGAUUACAAGAAAGGGCCACAGUGACAGCGCAGGCGGGGCGACGCCGCAGCCGCUCUCCAGGGUCUCCCAGGGCUCAGGCGGAGCGAGCGGCUCGAUCUCUCCGCCGCCGCGCGGCGGGCUGCGCCGGGAACGGUGGGUCCUACCGGGAGGCCACCGCUCCCUCUGCCUCGGCAUCUAGGAAAAUACACGCGCACAGCGUCCCCUCCCCCCCGGCACCGACUCCGGACAGGCACCGCUCCGGAUUGCAGCCGCCCCCCCUUCCCCAUCGCACCCCUCCCCUCCUCUCUCCUCCCCCCGCCGCGCUGCAGCGUCCUCCUCUUCCUCCUCCCCCUCGCCAGGACACCGGGCCGAGCCGCACGGGGGGAUCCCUCGCCUGGUGGGGGCGGGGGCUUCUUGUCCCCCCCCCUCCCCCCCAGCGCCAGGGGGGCGAGCCGAGGCGUCCGCUGAGCAGCCGCGGGAUGCCCGCGAUGGGGAAAAUUGGUAUUCGCACUUAUGCACCGCACAGAACUGGUUUAAUAAAGAGUGGUUAUUCUCAGGCCAAAUCUGAGACAAAGGGAAAGUACUCAGCAGUUCUGAAACUUCUCAAGGCAAGCCAGGCUGGAUCCAGCUCUGUAUUUGUCAGAAUUCAGUGGAGACUCAGGCACCUUGGCACGAGCUGGCACCUGACUGCCAGCAUCACAGAGGGAGUUACGCCCGAGGUACACCAACAGAAGUAAUAGAAGAAGCAAGUCCGACAGGAGCUAUGCCUCGAUAAGGAUGCAAGGCUUUGGGGCUAUGCAAAGCCCAUUUAAAUCAAUAGAAAGACUGCUUGCUCUGGGCUUUGGAUCAGAGCCUGAAGACUGUGCACAAGAGAAACAAACCCAGAAUUCCCAUACGGGGCAUGGCUAGAGAGUAACGUUUGGACCUGAUCCUGCAAACAGAUGAGUAACUUUGUUAGUGUGUUGAAGCCAAUGAACAGCCCCCCUGCCACCACUAAGCUUUGAAUCAGACACUUGGCCUGUUAGGAAAGUGUUUCUCCAACUGUUCAUUUGCAAGAGAAAAUUUGUGCUGGAAUUUAAAAUAAAAUGUUUUAGGGGAAGUGUAAAAA